CUUGGUGUUACCCCGACCUAACCGAAACCACUCCUGGAAUCACGGUAGCUGAAAACAAGAGCCUGCCCGCGAGAGAGAGAGAGAGAGAGAGAGAGAGGAGAAGGGGCUACAGACAGGGAAGAGAUCAUAUAUGCUUUUUGUUGCUGCUGUCCACAAGCAGAGGAAGUGUUUCUAGCCAUUUCUAGAGGUGGGGUUUUUUGCGGACUCGGUCAUUCGUGGUGCGGCAAAGAUGAGCUAUGGGAGCAGCUCUCUUGGUUCUGGUAGUAGAACUUCCAGAGCGACUUUCGAGUAUGGGAGGACCCAUGUAGUUAAGCCUAAAGGGAGACAUCAGGCCACUAUCAUUUGGCUGCACGGCCUUGGCGAUAAUGGCUCAAGCUGGUCCCAGCUCUUGGAGACCCUUCCUCUUCCUAAUAUUAAAUGGAUAUGUCCAACGGCUCCUACUCGACCGGUAGCAGUCUUUGGUGGAUUUCCUUGUACUGCUUGGUUUGAUGUAGGAGAUCUUUCGGAGGAUGGUCCUGAUGAUGUGGAGGGUUUGGAUGCUUCAGCAGCACAUGUCGCUAACCUGUUGUCGACGGAGCCUGCUGAUAUCAAACUUGGUGUUGGGGGCUUCAGUAUGGGUGCAGCUACUGCCCUGUACUCUGCUACAUGCUGUGCUAAUGGGAAAUACGGCAAUGGCAAUCCAUAUCCUGUCAACCUAAGUGCAGUUGUUGGUCUAAGUGGCUGGCUUCCUUGUUCAAGGGGCUUGAAGAACAAGAUAGAAGGGUCACAAGAGGCUGCAAGGCGUGCUGCAUCUCUGCCACUUUUGCUCUGCCAUGGCAAAGGGGAUGAUGUGGUCCUUUACAAACACGGAGAGAAAUCUGCAAAUGUUUUAACGUCGGCUGGAUUUCAGAAUCUUGGUUUUAAGACCUAUGGCGGGCUCGGACACUACACAGUCCCUGAAGAGAUGGAUGAUGUCUGCAAAUGGCUCACGGCAAGGCUGGGGCUUGACGGGUCUUCCUCUUAAUGGCAUAAUUAUUUUUUGCUUCCAAAUAAUAGGUAGGAGGGAGGAAUCAAAAAUGAAAAAGAAAAAGAAAACUAUAUUAUAUUUGUAACGAAUAGAUAUCGUCAAGUAGUUGUGGGUGUGGGGUAUAUGGUAUAGUGUCAUUAAUCUAUCUAUUCCCUUUGGUCCUUUUGCCUCUUUAUAUAUAUACCAACAUUCUAGCCCCUUUUUUUUCUUCUUAAAUUGGGUUGUUGGCCCCUAGAUGGGAUUGGUAUUGGGUCUAUCAGAAAAUUUAAUGAUGUGGGUGAUUCAUAUGAGAUUCUAUUACGACCGUGGGGACUGUCUGGUAUACCAUUUGUGAUACACUUGAUGUGAUUUUCAAAUGAAUGGUGGGUGAUUUAAAAUUGGUUCCUCAAAA